GGAAAAAGCCACACUUCUUGGGUCUUUUUCUUCAGACAGCUAUUUACAUGUGGUGCGGUUGUAUUAAACUUUCUUACGUAUGGCAUGUUUAUGGGUGCACCGACAGUAUUAAUACCUCAAUUAAGAAAAGAAGCUAAUUCAACAGACAUUGUAACACCAGAAAUGGCAUCUUGGUUAUCUUCUAUGUCAGCCUACAAUGGUAUACCGUGGGGAUUUAUAUUGCCUCUAUUGGCAUAUCGCUUUGGAAGAAAAUAUAUUUUAGUUUUGAUUAGCGUUAGCGUAUUAAUAGGAAAUAUCAUUUUUUACUGUAGUACAAGUAUGACAGAACUAAUUGUCAGCCAAGCCUUACAAGGCAUCCUGGCCGCCUCAAUAACUACAAUCACCAUAAUGGUUAUGUCCGAAUACACAUCGCCUAAGUACAGAGGUGUGUUAUUAGCCGUGAAGUCUGCAACAUUCUAUUGGGGAGUUUGGAUCUCAAAUGCUAUCGGAACGUUCUACCACUGGAGAAAUAUUGGCAUCGUUAUUUUUGUUUGUAGUAUUUACAACUUAUCGUCCAUAUUCUACAAGGAAUCACCUUAUUGGCUGGCGACAAAGGGGCGUUUUGAAGAAUGCGCCAAUAUUCACCGAUGGCUUAAAGGCACAGGGGAAGAUUCAGAGGAAGAGCUCAGGAAGCUUAUAUCAUCACAACAAGAGCACUUAAAUAUGAAAGUAGAAAUCGAAGGGCGUGCAAAUUAUAGAAAAUUUAUUAAACUCUUGAAUAUAUUGCGAUGUGAAAGUUUUUAUAAGCCUUUUGUAUAUGCCAUCCUGCCGAUAUGCCUAUUUCAUUUUUCAGGCAAGAUGGCGUACACCAUGUACGCUAUAGACAUCAUUAAGAAAUUGACAUCAAGCGAAGAAAUGGCCUUUGGAGGCAUGCUUGUAUUGGAUGCGGUUACUGUACUAGGCAUGUAUCUAGGCUGUGGGUUAGCUAAAAUUGCAAGACGUCGAACACAAUUACUUUUAUUUUCAUUUAUGGGAAUACUUUUUUUAUUUGGUUUGUCAAUUUAUUUGUACAUGGUUAAUAUUAAUGUAUUGUCAGAGAACAAAUACGUCUCUUUGUUUUUAUUAACGGCAUUUUCGUUAAGCAUUAGCGGUGGACCAAUAAUUCUCUCAGCCUGCUGUGCAGGAGAGUUGUGUCCAUUGAGGUACAGGAGCUAUUUUUUGUGUUGUCUCUCAAUUUUUAAUAGCAUAUUACUAGCGACCGUUGUUAAAUUUUCACCGUUACUUUUCAAAUAUUUUGGUACGCAUGGCGCAUUCUUAUUUUAUAGUAUGUCAUCGUCUAUUUUUUUUAUACUCGUCUACAAAUACAUGCCUGAAACAAAAGAUCUGACUAUUCAGGAAAUACAGGAACUCAUUUUACGAGAUGACCACAACGAUAGACGACAAAUCAAUACUGAAACCCUUCCACUGCAAGAACCAGAACGUAGAGCCAAAUUGAAAUAG